CGCUACGUGUGUGUGUGUGUGUGCGUGUGCGUGUGCGUGUGUGUGUUCGGUCCGUUGGGUGGCCGUGGUUGGGCGAAGGAUACGCGGAUACCAGGAACUUUCCUCCUCUGCCUUGCAUUGGCAGACCGGAGGGAGCCACCCAGGGAGACUAUCUGCCAAUGUGAAUGUGUGUGUGUGUGUGUGUGUGUGUGUGUGUGUGUGUGUGUGUGUGUGCGUGUCCUGCAUUUCGCAGCCAGGAUCAACACCACGACUCGCGUCCCGGGUCCCAUUCUCACAAUAGUAUGAGUGUGUGUGUCGCAUUAUAAGCGUAGAGUGUGUGCGUGCGUGUGUGUGUGCCAGGGGUUCCAUAUUAUCCUAAACGCCUUCCUUCGAGACUAAACAGUGUUUAAAAGAGAGAGAGAAAGAGAGAGAGAGAGCAAGAAAAUUGUGUAAGCUUGUGUAAGUGUCAGUGUGCGUGUGGUGAUCGUCGGGCGCUGGAUUACGUAGUAGGGGCGUAGGAGGAAGAGCAAGAACCGCAGGGAUGCCGCUGUACUCCGAGCUGUACCACAACUUCGUGGGCAACACGCCAAUCAUCCCGACCCCAAUCUCGGUCGGAUCGGCCACCUACAGCCCGCCAACGUACGUCGGGGUGUCGCGCGCCUACCCGAACGCACUGACCGGUGCCCUGUCCGGGGUACGGGGCGGUACGGGGAGCGGCGCACCCACCUUCACCCGCGGCUACGUACCGAAGCUGACGCCGAUCACCGAAACGCCGCUAACGAGCACCCGGAUAGCGGCGCUCGGGCGCGUCAGUUCGCCCAAGUUCCUGCACACCACCAGCCAUGGCCACGGACACGGGGGUGGUGGUGCCGGUGCCGGUGGCCACCAUGGGCAUGCCUCACCAACCUACCAGAAACCACGGCGCACCAUCAACACGGCCGACAUCGAUGUGUCGGCGUCGAAGUAUGCGUCGCGUUCGACGCCGCUCCUUACGCACACUUCGCGCAAAUCGCUGGUGGAUGUGCCGCACGUACCGUACGGUACCGGCAGUCCACCGUCCACCAGCGUCGCGCACCUCAACCACCUACACCCGGCACCAGCAAUCAACUCCAGCGCCGUGCCGCCGGCACCGGCGGCACCGACGGACGGUGCGGAACCCGCCCGGCUCGGACCGCCGGCAUCCACCACGACCACCACGCGCGAUCAAGAGCUCAGUGAGCGCAGCGAGCAGCGAAGGGCUCGCUCCACCAUCAACCGAAACCGGGCCGUCGUGCGGCUCAAUACGAUCCGUGCCCGGAGCCGAUCGCGCGGCAGUCGCGGAAGUACGGAGCGUUCCGAGCGUAACUCACCGGACCGCCUAGCGUCGGCCACCGCCGGCUCGACCGGUGCGUACGAUGAGCAGAUGCUGCUGCUCGAACCAUCGCUCACGGGCUCACGGGGUACGAGCGGUAGCUCGUGGCGCGACAACUUCCGCGAGGAGCUCGCGUUCCGGCCGCGCCGCACCGAACCAACGAAAUCGCCCGGUGAGCUGCUGCUCGAGAAGCACCUGAUCCGGGAGGCGGCGGCGGCGUCAGCGGCAGCGUCGGCGUCGGCGUCGACGCCACUCGACGCCACCGGUCUCAGCCUGCGUUCGCCCGUCCUGAGGCGGCGCGGCACGGUACGGCGCAAGAGCGCCGCCAAGAUACCGAGCUUCCACGAGAUCUGCGCCGACAUCAGCUCGGACAAGCUGGACGACGAUCUGAAUGCGGGGGAGCUGCGGCGCCGCGCUAGCCAGCUGAUCGAGGACGAGCUGCUGCAGUUCCAGGCGGAGCUGAAGCAGGUGGCCGCCAAUGCUGCCGGUGGUGGUGGUGGAGCCAGCACCGGCACCAUGGUGCCGGUUACACCCGAGACACUGGAGGAGCGGCUAAAGGAGGCCCUCGAACAGCAGGGCCAGGACGAUUCCGGGGUCGAGUUUCCGGAGAAGCGUAAACAGAAGAAGGUAAAACGCACCAAGACGAAGGUCCUGCCGAGGUUGGACGGGGAGCAGCAGGACACAGGGGUGCCUGGGGAUGGGGAUGUAGUGGUGGUGCAGAAUUCUGCACCACCACCACCACCGAGGCUAGUGGCUGAGGUGGAGUCGAUCGAGGAGUGCACACUGUUCAAGCUGCCCAAGAAGAAGAAGAAACCACAAACGGCCGGGCAGCAGUCACCGCCGGCGGCUAACGAGCCGCCCAAGGAGCAGCAAGCGGGCAGCAGCAUCACACCGAACAAGACGACGGCACGGGUGCUGAGCAAAUCCGUGGCCACCACUGGCACGGUACCGGCGGCUCAGCGGAUCCACCUGGCCGACCUUACCGGCGGCUCCGAACCGAAGCAGGCGGUACUGCUGCGGAACGGAUUCGCCGAUGCGUCCCAACCCAAGGAGACGAAGGAAGAACACCAGAGGCCAACGGUACCGACGGACCAACCGGCACCGGCACCAAAGACACUGGGCAUCAAGACGUAUGUUCGCAAGAAAACGGUCGAGAAGCUGGAGCAGCAGCUGGAGGAGGUGGUAUCAGCGGUCAGCACCGCUCCGAAGGGGCAGGGGCAUGAACCGCCAACAGGCGACUCCAAACAGUCUGCCUCGGGCAUAGCAGAACAGCCCAAGGCGGGCAACAGUGUCGAGGAGCGUGGUUCCAAGGAGCUCGAUGAGGGGAAGAAGCUGCCGAUGACGGAACCACCGAAGGAAGGGAAGGAAGUAGUAGCAGUAGCUGCAACGGUGCCAGCCGCGGUGAGGAAAGCUGAACCGGCCAAGCCUACGGACACAAAGCAGCCGGCAGUCACUCCUGGGUUUCCAGAUUCCAAGCAGAAUGACGUGUCACUACCCUUACCUGCGGCUGUCGUUAGCAAGGGUGGCACUACAGGGGUGGAAUCAAAGGUAGCUAGUAGUAGUAGUAGUAGUAAUAGUAGUAGUAGUAUCUCAGGCGCACCCGAACCUACCGAAGGAGUCAAGAAGGAAGCACCGGCACCGACCGCCAAGAAGGUCGCUCCACCAAAAUCGCCACCAGCCGCACCGAAGGUGGAGGAUCCGACGGUCACCGUACCACCGAGGGUUGCUCCGAAGCCAGCACCGGCCGGUGUCGGGCAGGUACUGAAGCAGGUGCGCAAGAAACCGCCGCCGCCCCCCGAGCUGAAGCAAAGCCAACCAACGAAGGUGGAUGAGGUCGACUUCUGGAGUGCGAUCGGGACGCGCGAGACCGUCUCGUUCGCCCGGCGGAAGCAACACCAACUGCAGCAGCCGCCACAGCCGCCACGGUUCAUUGAGGAAGAGGAGGACGCAGAAGCAGUUCCGUGA